AUGUCUAGAAUUAAAGUAAUACAUCCCAAAAAGCCCAAGCGAAAAUUCGAUCCCUCUUUAUACUCUACCCGACAUAUUGCCUUGCGGAUAGCGUAUCUGGGAGGGAAUUACACGGGUUUUGAGUAUCAUGCGAAUAGCCCCAACACCACAAACACCAUCGAAGAGCACAUAUUUAAAGCAUUAUUAAAGGCUCGGUUAGUACCCUGCAACGGUAUUGAGGGUGAGGAGGAAACAGUGCUUGGAUGGCCCGGUGAUGAAGUAGCCGAGUAUUCGAAAUGCGGUAGAACCGAUACAGGAGUCUCCGCCUUUGGACAGGUAAUUGGUGUUCGAGUACGCAGCAACAGGCCGCUGCCAAAGAAACCUACCGAUGACGUUGCAGAAGAGGGCGGUGAAGAGGGGAAAGAGAAGACUGAAUUUGACGAUGAAAAGGAUGAACUUCCAUAUCCACAGAUUCUAAACCGACUGCUUCCGAAAGACAUUAGAGUUCUGGCCUGGUGUCCACAUCCCCCACCCACAUUUUCCGCUCGGUUCAACUGCCAACAAAGACACUACCGCUACUUCUUUACAAACCCCGCCAUAGUGCCCUCACCAAACUCUACGGUCGGAAACCUAGACAUAGACAAGAUGCGUGAAGCCGCAAAACUCUACGUUGGCGACCACGAUUUCAGAAACUUUUGCAAACUCGACGCAAGUAAGCAAAUCACCCGCUUCGACCGGGUAAUCCACCACGCAGAUAUCGUCGAGCUACCGCAAUCCUCACCAAACAACAAUCCAAAAGUAUACUACUUUGAGCUCCAUGGGUCGGCAUUCCUCUGGCACCAAGUUCGGCACAUGAUUGCCAUCUUAUUCUUGAUCGCUCAGGGGCUAGAGCAACCUAGCCUGGUUACCGAAAUGCUGGACAUCUCCAAAAACCCUCGGAAGCCAAUGUACGAUAUAGCCAACGACAGAGCCCUCGUUCUCUGGGAUUGCAUCUUCCCGGACGGGAUGCUGCAAUGGUUGUAUGCACGCGGAACCGGGCUAGAAGGUCGCGACGAACUCCUUGAUGACGUCUGGUCUAGUUGGCAUAAAUCUAAGAUCGACGAGAUACUAACGAAUGGAUUGAUGAAGAUUGUUUCCAUAAAUGGAGACCCGACCUCAAAUCCCGCGCUCCAGAGCGCGCCUCCGAUGCUUUGUUUGGGGGAACUUCCUGCAACUGCCCAGGCAAUGGGGGUAGCAAAGAGGAAAGCCAAGGGCAGGUCACAGAUCCUGGUCGAGGGCGGCCACGAGCCGUUGUUUAGGGGGAUGUAUAUCCCAGUCUUGGAGAGAAAACGAAUGGAUGACAUCGAGGUUAUCAAUGCGAGAUAUGUGGAGAAGAAGGGCGAUUGGCAGGAGAAUAGGAAGAAGAGGGAGGCGAAGAGGAAGGCAGCCGGUGUCUCUGAGGAGGAAAUUAUGCGAACGAGUGAGAGCUUAUGAUGAACCCCAACCAUCUGGGCAUAUAUCGUUCGGUGGGUUUUGGGGUACAUAAUUGGCCUGUAAAUAUAAAUUAGAGUGA